AUGCACAAUGAAACCAGUUACCAGUAUUCUGUAUUCAUUAUUCAGUAAUGAGUAAAUAGUAAUCAGUACCUAAUGUCCUAAUAUUAGAAAUGAGAAUAAACCAUACCAAAACGUGACAAAAAUAUAACGUGAAUUGUAAUUGCUUAAUCGAAAUACCUAGUAAUAGCGAUUUCUUGAUCAUAAAUGCGCUGUAACGACACAAUCUUUUAAAAAAACCACAUUCAAGAGUUUGAUUGAAAAUGUUAUGUCCUGAUAUAUGCAAGUUCCCUGCCCCAAAAACAAUUUGUUCUUUACAGAAAAAUUUAAGUUUUACUAAAACUUUAGACAGGAUUAGAAAUAAUUGUUUUUAUAGAAGUGUGAUUAUAACUUGUCCAGACGAAAUAAAAUUACCAAAUUCAAUUGAAGAGGCGGUGCUUGAAGACAGUGAUUACUAUAAAAUUUCAAAUUGUCCCAUCACUGAGUUCAUAGACUCUACUUUUAUUGAAACUUUCUUAAAGAAAGGAAAGUUAUAUUGUUUAUCAAUUCUUAAUAGCUGUAUCAAUCAUAACGGCUUUGCAGUAACUUCAGAUGGUUUACUAACUCUGCAUGUAUUAAGUUCUGUUUACCAAACAUUAGGCAUUGAAGGAACUAAAUGUCCACAUGAUUUUUAUGACAUUAAAAUUGAUCUUUAUGAUAUUAAAUCUAUUGGAAGGUUAAGUAAUAAUUUAAAUAAACUAGAUAAAUUUAACUUGUAUAUAAACUGGGAACCUAACAAUGAAAAUGUAUGUCCAUCGACAAUUGCUAAAUAUUUCUGUGAUAAAAAUUAUGUAGUAACCCAGCAUUCAUUAAAGGGAACAAAUUUAUCUCCUGACAUUGGGCAAAUACCUUCUCUUGAUGCUGAUAUUGUAGAAGUUGUAGAGUGGAUGGGUAUGGUGGCUCAUAAUGCUAAUUUAAUGCCACCAGAAAAUUUUGUAAGUUCUUAUUACAUACCAGAAAGUUUACAUCCAAUGCAGACAACAAGGAUUUCAGUAAUGCUUAUCAAGGGUUUUCUAACCCCUAACUUAUUAUGCAAAGUUGCCCAACUUCUAUUUCAACAUGUCUCAUCAAGAGAUUUAGCUAAUUACUGGUCAGCUCUUAGUCUGCAAACAGUAGAAGAAAGCCUAUAUCAGUGGUACCCAAGUACUUCUAGAAUAUUUCAAUCACACAACUCAUCAACUAAUAUAUUUUUCACUAGUAAUGAUGCUAUUAUUUAUUCUGUAGGUCACUUAAAGUAUUCAUGAGUUGUUGUUUCAUAUCAAUAAAACCAGAUUUUAUUUC